AGUACGGCCCUGACGCUUCAGAGCAUACACCACAUCCAUAGCAGUGACGGUCUUGCGCUUGGCGUGUUCAGUGAAGAAGCGCAUCGUUACCGUCCGGGAACGGUGGCCCUCCGAGAAAUCCGUCGCUACCAGAAGUCGACCGAGCUGCUCAUCCGCAAGCUGCCCUUCCAGCGCUUGGUGCGUGAGAUCGCCCAGGACUUCAAGACUGAUCUCCGCUUCCAGAGCUCAGCCGUGAUGGCGCUGCAGGAAGCCAGCGAGGCGUACCUGGUUGGUCUGUUCGAAGACACGAAUCUGUGCGCCAUCCACGCCAAGCGCGGUCACCAUCAUGCCCAAGGACAUCCACUGGCCCGUCGCAUCCGCGGAGAGCGUGCCUAA